UGUUGCAACGUAUCGGGGCUAUUUUAGUCCCCAUCAGUUGAUGCGCGAAUCACAAGAGUGAGGGAUGCUCACCUGCGAUCAGAUCGCUAAUCUGAUCAAAAUCAUCCGCAACUUUGAGCUCCAUUUUCUGAAACUGAGCAGAUGAGUAAAGAGCGACUGUGUGUUUCAGCACCCGAGCGGCUGGACAGCGCAUGUGGAGAGUUUUUCCUGCAUCUCUACUUUCAGUCCCAUCAAGGCUAAAAUGUCUGCCCUUCGGAAGAAAUUUGGAGGAGGUGACUAUCAGGUGGUGACUACCAGGACGUCAAGUCAUCAGAAGGAUAGACGGAAGAAACGACAGCGUUUUGUUGACAAGAACGGCCGCUGUAAUGUCCAGCAUGGAAACCUGGGUGGAGAGACGAGCAGAUAUCUCUCAGACUUGUUCACAACUUUAGUAGACCUCAAAUGGCGUUGGAACCUUUUCAUAUUCGUUCUCACAUACACAGUGGCUUGGUUAUUCAUGGCCUCACUGUGGUGGCUCAUCGCAUACAUCAGAGGGGACUUAAAUAGAACCCAUGAUGAGAAAUACACACCGUGUGUGGCCAACGUAUACAACUUUCCAUCAGCGUUUCUCUUCUUUAUCGAGACAGAGGCCACCAUAGGAUAUGGCCACAGAUACAUCACUGAGAAAUGUCCAGAAGGGAUCAUUCUCUUCCUAUUUCAAUCCAUCCUGGGCUCCAUAGUGGACGCCUUUUUAAUAGGCUGUAUGUUUAUUAAGAUGUCGCAGCCCAAGAAGAGAGCAGAGACAUUAAUGUUCAGUGAAAAUGCAGCCAUCUCUACGAGGGACGGCAAACUCACACUCAUGUUCAGGGUUGGAAAUCUGCGCAACAGCCACAUGGUCUCAGCUCAGAUCCGCUGUAAAUUACUCAAGUCCCGACAGACGCCCGAGGGCGAGUUCCUCCCGCUGGAUCAGUUGGAGCUGGACGUGGGCUUCAGCACCGGAGCCGAUCAACUCUUUCUGGUGUCACCACUCACGAUCUGUCAUGUGAUCGACACCAAGAGCCCUUUCUAUGAGCUCUCGCAGAGAUCUAUGCAGACAGAGCAGUUUGAAAUAGUUGUGAUAUUAGAGGGUAUAGUCGAAACAACCGGCAUGACUUGUCAAGCGCGAACAUCUUUCACGGAGGAUGAGGUGCUUUGGGGCCAUCGUUUCUUUCCAGUUAUAUCUCUGGAAGAGGGCUUCUUUAAAGUGGAUUAUUCUCAAUUCCACGCUACCUUCGAAGUUCCCACUUCUCCCUACAGCGCAAAGGAGCAAGAUGAGGCCCUGCUCAUGUCCUCUCCGCUCAUGGCCCCAUCUGCGUGCAAUAGUGGGGAGAGAUACAGUUCCCUGGACUGCAUGGAACUGCUUGAAGAUCAAGACAGCACAAUCAAAUUACCAACAAAGCUCCAGAAGAUGACAGGCAGAGACGGGCUGCCCAGAAAGCUCCUGAGAAUGAGCUCUACCACAUCCGAGAUGACAUAUAGCUUUGGUGAACUUCCCAUUAAGCUUCAGCGCAUCAGUUCUGUGCCUGGAAUCUCGGAGGAGAGACAGGUUACUCAGACAACUAAAAUGACACUAGAGGCAAUUAGCAAGUCGGUUGCGGACCUCCCACCGAAACUUCAGAGAUUGGCAGGAAGCGGAGGCCGAAUGGAUGGACACUUGCCCCCCAAACUCCGAAAAAUGAACUCGGAUCGAUUUGCGUAG